AAAUGGCAAGCAGAGGUUACCUUAAAGAAAAAAUGAUAUUUUCGUAAAAGUUACAUCCUAAUCUAUCAUUUUAAAAUAAGAAAUGGAAUAUUUGCGAUAUGCGAUACCCCUUCUUGUAAGAAAAAAAUUAGGUUGACAGUUAAAGAUGACAGAGAUAGAAAUUCCGGUCAAGAUGUCACAAAUGUAAGCUACAUAUAUGAAAAUUAUAGUUUUCGUAAUCAGUUCUCGAUGAGGUCACCCAGAAAGAUCGUCGAGACAACAGCAUCUUGCGUUGGUCUCAACAAGCCAAAAAUAGAGGUACAGCGAGUAAGAAAUGUUGUUAGAAGGCAUCAAAAGUAUCACGAGACAGUGCUUAACUAUGGAGAAAUUAAGAGCUUCUUACAGAAACUACAGAAAGAAUACAAGGGGAAGAUUGAGAUAGAGACCAUAGGAAAAUCAUGUUGUGGACGGCCAAUUCUCAUGGCCAAAAUAAGGGGUUAUUCUGGCUGUUUACGCAGACCAAAGUCAUAUAAAACAUUCAUAGAAGCUGGAUCUUGUGGUUACAGCUGGUCAGCAGUAUCUACAGCAUUAUACCUCAUAGAAUAUGCUACUAAAGGCAAUGACCUGACCGUACUAUCAGAUUACUACAUUGUUCCAUGUUCCAACCCAGACGGCUACCAAAACAGUUUGGAUUGUCUCUCGUCUGUUGAUUUGACUUUCAAUUAUCCAAUAGUCCUUGGUUGUGGGGAUGUGCAAAAUAUUCCAGAAAAUCAGUUUAUGGAAGCCGUCACGACGUGGAGAAGGAAUUACAGGUAUCGUAGUCCGGAAACAGAAGCAUUGAAAAGUACUUUGCUGAAGUACAAAGACCACAUAAAGCUGUUCAUCAGCCUCCAGGAAGGCCCAAAUACGUCAAAGAUCCUCUACCCAUUUGGCAAUACUGUUGACGAAGUUGACCAUAUCCAGCUGGUUAGGAAGGUAGCGAUGGCAGGUAGACACGCUGCGAAGAGGCUUAUGUUCCAGGUCGGAAGUAUUAUUGAAGUAUCUGGAAUGAAUCUUGGGUGCAUCAUAGACUAUAUGCAGUUAUUGGAUACUCAACCUGGAUCUCCUCUAUUUCCUUACAUUGUACGAGUGCACAAUAAUGGAAAGAGACCUCAUAAAUGCCGGAUUCUGGCUCAAUGCCAGGAAAUCAAAGAGGCCGUUAAGGGUAUGGCAAGUAAUGUAUUUAUGAUACUCCAAAGGUAUGGUUACUGAAUAAACGCUCCGAGG